AUGUCCUUUUCAGUCCAAGAAGUAGGGCUUUCAGAUACUGCGCGGUCUCUCCAUGGACAAAUGAGUGCCAAAGGGACUUCUGUGCUGUUCACGCAGACGGAAUUAAAGGAUCUGACCAAAUCAUCCUCGCUUGCCGAUUUGAUGGCUUUGGUACAGGAACUCUUGAACAAGAACCUGAUCAAGCUUAUAAAACAGAAUGAUGAGCUCAAAUUCCAGGCAGUGGAUUUCAUAGAAGCACAGAAAAAGGCAGCGAUGUCUUCCGACGAGGCGCUAGUUUAUUCGUAUAUCGAAGCGAGUGGCAGAGAAGGUAUUUGGACUAAAACGAUCAAGGCCAGAACGAACUUGCAUCAACAUGUUGUCAACAAGUGCUUGAAAUCGCUCGAGUCGCAAAGAUAUGUGAAGAGUGUCAAAAGUGUCAAAUAUCCGACAAGAAAAAUAUACAUGCUGUACAACUUGCAGCCGUCCAUUGAUGUGACGGGUGGUCCGUGGUUCACAGACAGUGAACUGGAUGUCGAGUUUGUUAACAGUCUUCUUACCAUUGUUUGGCGGUUCGUGUCCGAGAGAUCAUUCCCGGACGGUUUUAAAAACUUUACUAAUGGGUCCAAAGAAGUUCUGUAUGCUGCCAAUGUCAGCAAUUACUGCACCACAGACGAAAUCUUGGAUUUUAUCUCAAAUGCCAAAGUCGCCAACGUUGAGCUUUCGAGCUCUGAUAUCAGGUCUUUGUGUGAGGUGUUGGUCUACGACGAUAAACUCGAGCGGGUCUCUUUCGAUUGCUACCGUGUGACCAUGCAGAGCGUCCUCGAGAUGACACAGCCGGUCGACGCACCCAACAAGGGCGACAAAAACGAGGACUAUUCAAUUUUCCGAAUUGCAAACGCCAUAGCUCCGUCUGCGGACGACAAAGAAGCAGUUUAUCUAGACGAAUGGGUGCUUUGA